AAUAUUGGCUGAUCAUUACAAAACUUUGAGUGUUGUUGCACACAGUUGAGUUACAAAAUCUUCAACUUCAACAGAAUAGCUUAGUGUUUGUUAAAAGUGGAAUGUACAUAACUGGGUGAAUACUAUUGGCGUGCUUAUUAAUAAUUGUUGGUGUACAUGUUUGUCUCGUAUUUUAGAUAGAAAAUAUAUUAACAACAUGGCUCAAUUUGGUGUGCCUGUCCAAAACACUAUGGUUACACGAGUAUCACUUUCAUUUUCGUGUAAGGGAUUAUUAAAACAAGAUCUUACCUCAAAAUCUGAUCCCAUUGUGCAGGUCAUGAUGGACUAUGGUGGAAGAUGGAAAGAAAUUGGACGAACUGAAAGGAUAAAGAACAAUUCAAAUCCUGAAUUUACAGAAAGCAUUGAUCUUGACUAUAGGUUUGAAGAAGUUCAGAAAAUGAAAAUUCUAGUUUAUGAUGUUGAUAACGCUACUGAAAGUCUUGGUGAUGAUGAUUUUCUGGGACGUUUAGAAUGCAAUCUUGCACAUAUUGUUUCUGCCAGAACAUAUACAAAAGAAUUACUAUUUAGAGAAGGAGUUAACGCAGGAACUAUUAGCAUCACAGCUGAAGAAAUUGGUUCUUCAAAUGUCGAAGUCACUUUACAAUUUGAAGGACAACAUUUAGAUAAGAAAGACUUUAUGUCAUUGUCUGAUCCUUAUCUUGAAAUUUUGAAAGAUCGUGGCGAUGGUACAUUUGUUGCUGUUCAUAGGACACCUCAUAUUGACAAUACUCUUAAUCCAAAGUGGAAACCAUUCUCAAUAAGCCUUCAGAAAUUAUGUGGAAAUAAUUAUGAUUUAAAGUUGAAGGUUGCUUGUUUCGAUCAUGAUGAUGAUGGCAGUCAUGAUCUGAUUGGAGAAUUCUACACAACAGUCACUGAAAUGUUAAAAGCAGAAACAUUAAAGCUUCAAUGGGAUUGUAUUAAUCCAAAGAAACAAAAAAAGAAGAAGAGUUAUAAAAAUUCUGGCGUUAUCCUUCUUAAUUCAAUUAAGGUUUGCAAAAUAUCUUCGUUUCUUGAUUUCAUCAUGGGUGGCUGUCAAAUCAACUUCACUGUUGGCAUUGAUUUUACUGCGUCAAACGGUAAUCCAAGUCAAUCCAAUUCUCUGCAUUACUUAAAUCCUCAUGCACCGAAUGAAUAUGUGAAAGCUUUAGUGGCUGUCGGUGAGGUUUGUCAAGACUACGACACAGAUAAAAUGUUUCCUGCACUUGGUUUUGGUUGCAAGAUUCCACCACAUGGCCAAGUUUCUUUCGAAUUUCCACUGAAUUUUAAUCCCACAAAUCCAUAUUGUCAAGGUAUACCAGGUAUUGUCGCUGCGUAUCAAAACUGCAUUCGCCAGGUACAAUUAUAUGGGCCAACAAAUGUUGCACCGAUUAUAAACCACGUAGCGAAAUUUGCAUACUCAAUGAUUCAAAAUCAAGAACAUACAGCCUCAAAUUACUUCAUUCUGCUGCUGAUCACCGAUGGUGUCAUCUCUGAUAUGGACGACACUGUAUCAGCUAUUGUCAAUGCUUCGUAUCUACCUAUGUCUCUUAUUAUCGUGGGUGUGGGCGGAGCUGAUUUUGCACAGAUGGAUUUUCUUGAUUGUGAUCAGGGGAAAUUGCGGGCCAAUAACGGCAGGGAAGCAUUACGAGAUAUUGUCCAAUUUGUUCCAUUUAGAGAUUUUCGACAGGUUGGCAUUGAUUUUACUGCGUCAAACGGUAAUCCAAGUCAAUCCAAUUCUCUGCAUUACUUAAAUCCUCAUGCACCGAAUGAAUAUGUGAAAGCUUUAGUGGCUGUCGGUGAGGUUUGUCAAGACUACGACACAGAUAAAAUGUUUCCUGCACUUGGUUUUGGUUGCAAGAUUCCACCACAUGGCCAAGUUUCUUUCGAAUUUCCACUGAAUUUUAAUCCCACAAAUCCAUAUUGUCAAGGUAUACCAGGUAUUGUCGCUGCGUAUCAAAACUGCAUUCGCCAGGUACAAUUAUAUGGGCCAACAAAUGUUGCACCGAUUAUAAACCACGUAGCGAAAUUUGCAUACUCAAUGAUUCAAAAUCAAGAACAUACAGCCUCAAAUUACUUCAUUCUGCUGCUGAUCACCGAUGGUGUCAUCUCUGAUAUGGACGACACUGUAUCAGCUAUUGUCAAUGCUUCGUAUCUACCUAUGUCUCUUAUUAUCGUGGGUGUGGGCGGAGCUGAUUUUGCACAGAUGGAUGAGAGAAUUAUAUUGCGGGCCAAUAACGGCAGGGAAGCAUUACGAGAUAUUGUCCAAUUUGUUCCAUUUAGAGAUUUUCGACAGGUACCACCUACAGAAUUAGCGAAAGCUGUACUUGCAGAAGUUCCUAAACAAGUGACAGAUUUUUACCGAAUAAAGGGAAUACAACCGAACACUCCUCCUCCGAUACCAAAUAUGCAAAUGCCUACUGUGUCAUGAACGUGACUUUAAAACUAUGCAGUGCAGGCGAUUGUCGUUGCCAUGUAACAGCGGUUUGAAAUAAAUAAUUUACCUCAACUGUGACUUCAUCUGGUUUUAUAAACAUUUAAAUAAUAUAUAUUUAUUUUGCAUUCACCUUCUUACUUUGAUUGGUUGAUGAAGAAGUAACCAUAAAAAAAUUUUUUAGUUAUGUCAAUUCUGCGUAGUGUCAGCCAAACUUUAAGCGAACAGCAACAAAGAUUUUUUUUGAGUUAACUUUUGACAAAAGGAAAGGCUUAUAAAAAUACGAAAACUGCUAAAUAUAUUAAAGAUGCGUUUUAUUUUUGACAAUUUUUUGCAUUCGGAUUUUUUCACAUACCAUUUGAUUUUUUUCAAACUCGACAUUCUUAAUUUUUACACCUGCUUUUUUGGUGACAUCUUAGGUAUCAAUUUGGUUUCUAAUUUUUUUUAUCAUAUCCAUGCAAACAAAUUGUAUAUAUAAUAAUGAAAUAUAUAGAAAAUGAUAUUUCGAUUGAA